GUUAUUAAUUUGUCAAGGUUGGUUGUUUUCUCAAAAAGUUUGCCCUUGAAUUUUCCGUUUGAGAUUGGAUUAUUCGGAUACUCAACCGAACCAAAUGCUCACCCUUCAGUGUAACAGUUAGUAUUGAACAAAGCCAAGGUCCAGUAAUUGGAGCAGUAGAUAUGGUAUCGAUGGAAAAAUUGAGGAUCAAGCAUAGUUUCAAUUUGCAUUAAUCAGAAUCUUCCACUCAAACCCUUUACGCUAUGAAGCACAAAGAACAAUGCUGUUAGAAUCUUCCUUUCAUUUGCAUCUAUGAGCUCUUCCGAGGCUAAAUCUUCCACUGGACUUACUAAAAUUGUUGCUGUUAUACUUGAUUUGGACGGUACCCUUUUGGACUCAGAGACGGCUACAAAAGAUAUUUUCAAAGAGUUUUUGGCAAAAUAUGGGAAACAAUUGGACAAGGCAAGGGAAAGUAAGAAGCAGUUAGGAAUGACUCUUCAAGUGUCAGCAAUUGCCAUUGUUAAGGAUUAUGACCUUCCAUUAACACCCGAUCAAUUCAUUCAUGAAAUCAUGCCUAUGUAUCUUGCAAAGUGGAUGAAUGUGAAAGCUCUACCUGGUGCUGAUCGGCUUAUCAAACAUCUUUAUGAGAAUGGCGUACCAUUUGCUCUUGCUUCAAACUCUUUAACAGAGUACAUAAAUGAAAAAAUCUCUCGCCAAACAGGUUGGAAGGAGUGUUUCUCAACAAUUGUUGGAAGUGACCAGGUAAAAGCAGGGAAGCCGUCGCCUGACAUAUUCAUAGAGGCUGCAAGGAGGAUGGGUGUAGAUGCUACAAAAUGCCUGGUGAUUGAAGACUCUGGUGUUGGUGUCAAAGCUGCAAAGGCUGCCCAAAUGAAGGUAGUGGCUAUUCCAUCUCAAAGUGAGGCUGAAUAUUGUUUGUUGGCGGAUAGUGUGCUUCAUUCACUUUUGGAAUUCCAGCCUGAGCUAUGGGGUCUUCCACCAUUUCAUGACUGGAUUUCUAAUGCAUUACCAAUCCAACCAAUUGACUUCAGCAUUCUAUAUAUAAAUGGCUUUGUCACUGAAGUCUCAUAUGAAGGCAAAUCAGCUCUUCCUUGCCAAGUUUCAGGACUGUACAUUGGCUGGAUUAAAUGUGGCAUGCAUAGAAUCUUAAAGGUUUUGGUUCACAUUGGACAUUAUUCAUGUUCAACUGAUAGAACUACUAGGAUAUGCAUACUUGAUGACAAUUCUGAUGAAGUUUCUGAUCAGCAAAUGCAUAUAGUACUUGUUGGCUACAUCCGGGGACUGAAAAACUCGGAAACUCCAUCCAUGGAUGUGGUAAAUUUUGAAGAAUACAAAUCAAUUGCAAGUUCUUUGUUGGAUCAACCCAAAUUCAUCCAUGUAGUAGGACCUUGAUAUUUCAACUCUUGCAAAUAAGACUAAAAUAAAUGAAGGGACAAAAAAGUCUUUUUCGCUGAAGAUGUAUAAAUAAAGGGAAAAAAGUCUUCUUCUCUAUGGAGUGGAAUAUGAACACUUAAAACCAAAUUAUUGUACUGUUUGCUUGGAAUUGUAUAA